GGGUGGGGAUAGGGAACGGGCUAUAGGAGCCGAGGCUAAGCAGUCUUUCUCAAAGCAACUCUGUUAACUUCUCUGUUUUGUGAGGGCCAUUAUCCCUCCACUCAAAAACCGCAUAGCUCUAGAUAGUGACAACUAGGCAAUAUGAAAUCCGUUGUAUUUAUGUUUUUAUGUACGACCUCGUUGUUAGUAUGCCUACUGUUUGCGACAGUAUGUUGUGAGAAAAAGGAUUCAGUUCCCGAAGGCAAUCUCAUAGUUUUGACUGUUGCUACUGAAGAAACAGAUGGCUUUCAACGUUUCAUGAGAUCAGCUCGACAUUUCAAUUACACUGUCAAGGUGCUAGGUAAAGGGGAGAAAUGGAAUGGUGGAGGCUACAAGACCGUCCCAGGUGGAGGUCAGAAGGUGCGCCUCCUCAAAGCUGCCCUGGAGGAGGUGACGGAGGAGGACAAGGUCAUCCUCUUUACUGACAGCUAUGACGUGGUGUUUGCCUCUGGGCCGAAGGAGCUGCUGAAGAAGUUCCAGCAAGCUAAGCAUAAGGUGGUCUUCUCCUCAGAGACUCUGAUCUGGCCCGACCGACACCUGGAGGACAAGCACCCCUACCCCAGAGAGGGCAACAGGUUCCUGGGCUCAGGAGGUGUCAUUGGCUAUGCUUCUAACCUAAAAGAGCUGGUGGCCAGCUGGACUGGGAAGGACAAUGAGAGCGAUCAGCUCUUCUUUACCAGGAUUUACAUCAACCCAGAGAAAAGGAAAUCCAUAAAUAUAACUCUGGACAACAAAUGCAGACUGUUUCAAAAUCUCAACGGUGCACUGGAUGAAGUUGUGCUGAAGUUUGAGGAUGGACAAGUCAGGGCCAGAAAUGUGCUCUAUGACACCCUGCCCGUUAUGAUCCAUGGCAACGGACCCACCAAGCUCCAGAUUAACUAUCUGGGCAACUACAUCCCCAACCUGUGGACGUUUGAGACGGGCUGCACCGUGUGCAGUGAGGACUUGCGCCCGCUCACAGGCCUGAAGGAGACGGAGUAUCCGCUGGUGGUGGUGGGCAUCUUCAUCCAGCAACCCACGCCCUUCGUCUCUGUCUUCUUUGAGCGCCUGCUGAAGCUCAAGUACCCCAAGAACAGACUCCGACUCUUCAUCUUCAACCAGGAGAGUCAUCAUGAGAACCAGGUGGUCAGCUUUGUGAAGGAGCAUGGAACGGAAUACCAGGCAGUGAAGCUGAUUGGCCCUGAGGAGGGUGUGCAUGUCACAGAGGCCCGUAACAUGGGCUUUGCGGAGUGCCGAGAGGACAUUGACUGUGAAUACUUCUUCAGUGUGGACAUUGAGGUGGUCCUAAAGAACGAGGACACUCUCAGGACCCUUAUCGAGCUCAACAAGCCCCUGAUCGCUCCCAUGAUGACCAAGCCUGGGAAACUCUGGACCAACUUCUGGGGGGCCCUGAGUGCCGACGGGUACUACGCCAGAUCCGAGGACUACGUGGACAUUGUGCAGGCACGCCGAAUUGGGAUCUGGAAUGUUCCGUAUGUGUCGCACGUGUUCCUGGUGAAGGCCAGCGUUCUGAGGGACGAGCUGAAAGCUGAGGACCUCUUCCGCUCUGAAACCCUGGACCCCGACAUGGCGUUCUGCCGCCACGCACGAGACCAGGGAAUGUUCAUGUAUGUCACAAACCUGCACACCUACGGACGAGUUCUGUCGACGGAAAACUACCAGACGAACCAUUUGCACAACGACCUCUGGCAGAUCUUCGAGAACCCUGUGGACUGGCAAGAGCGCUACAUUCAUCAAAACUACACCCGCAUAAUGAAGGACAAAUUAAUAGAAACUCCCUGCCCGGAUGUGUACUGGUUUCCCAUCUUUUCAGAGGUGGGGUGCGAUCACAUCGUGCAAGAAAUGGAGCACUUUGGGCAGUGGUCUGGUGGCGGCAACAAGGACACCCGUAUCCAAGGGGGUUACGAGAACGUGCCCACCAUAGACAUCCAUAUGAACCAGGUGGGCUAUGAGAAAGAGUGGCAUAAAUUCCUGCUGGACUUCAUAGCGCCCAUCACAGAGAAGAUGUACCCAGGCUACUACACAAGGUGCACCUCGUACCUCAACUUUGUAGUGCGAUACAAACCAGACGAGCAGCCUAAGCUCGAGCCACAUCACGACGCCUCUACUUUUACUAUUAACAUAGCUCUCAACAGCAAAGACAUUGACUACCAGGGGGGAGGAUGUCGGUUCCUGAGGUAUAACUGCUCCAUCCAGGCACCGCGCAAAGGCUGGGCCCUCAUGCACCCCGGCCGGCUCACUCACUACCACGAGGGGCUGCCCACCACGGGAGGCGUCCGCUACAUCGCCGUGUCUUUCGUUGACCCCUGAGCACCUCCACUGCCCCCAUACCGCGCCGGUGGCUUCUGCUCCUCUGGUACUGUUUUAUCCUCUGUACACUCCAGUGGGGCGUUUUUGUUUGUUGUCAAAUUUUCAGGGGAGUCUAGUAUGAGUGCUUUAAAAGAUCAUUUCCGAACGCUGAAAGUGAUGUACUUUAGAGAUGGUGCCUUACGCUAGAAAACCUGAAUGUGUGUGAGUUUUUUGUAAAUUUGUAUACAAUGAACAAAGUUUUAUACAGAGAGGAUUGAUUAAAUCCCUUUGGCAACUGAAUCUGUGAACUCAGGCAUAUUGGACACUGCUACACACUACUACAGUUGAAUUGAAGCAAAUUGGUGUAUUCUAAUAAAGUUUUGUAACGCCACACCUAUUUAUUAGCAUGUGUAUUUGACUCUGUUAAGGGAAAUUAUUCCAAAGACAUAACUGAGAUAUUUGGAAUGUGCAAUAUUUGAAGAACGGGAUUUGAUGCACAUCUUGAAUUGGUUUUACACAUGUGCAUUGACCAUCCAAACCAGUUGCAUCACCAUUUUUGUUUUGAUUUAUAAUAAAAAAAUAAUAAAAAAGUAACAAACAAGCAGAGCCAGUCUGUAUACUUUACGACAUGUAGAAAAUAUUCUUCCUAUUUCUGUGAUAUAGGACAACGUUUUUGUUAUUUUUAAAGGCAUACUGGCACAGCCUUGAUUAAAUAAAUAAGUUA